CGUAUUGUUCGCCAGCUAUAUAAGGUCUACGUAAGGUGAUCGCACGGACAGAGAUUCGCCGGAUCUCGGAUAGACGCGCAACAUGAAGUCCCUCAUCGUCUUGUCGUGCCUCGUGCUGUCGACGUUGGCUCUGCCUGGCUAUGGGCCUGAGGUGUACAACGUUCAUCACGGAUACUAUCACGGACCACCGGCCCCGCUGGCCCACGACGGCCAGGUAGUCGAUACACCGGAAGUGGCUCACGCCAAGAAGGCGCAUCUGAUAGCGCACGCCGAGCAGGUUGCCAAAGUUGCCAAAACGGCGCAUUACGGUGGCGGUUACGGCGGAGGUUUCGAGGGAGGUUCCGGCGGCGGUUUCGGAGGAGGAUUCGGCGGAGGAGGAUUCGGCGGGGGUUACGGCGGGGGCUACGGGCAGGGAAGUCACAUCGUCGGAUACCAUGGUAAACUGGCACCGCUCGGCAAGGACGGACAAGUAGUGGAUACGCCGGAAGUGGCCCAUGCCAAGGCCGCGCAUCUGCACACCCACGCCGAGGCGGCGGCUAAGGCCCUUCAAUACGCGCAGCCCUAUCCCUAUUACUCGCAGGGCGGAUGGUCCGCGCACGUGCCGAGCAGUGUCUUGUCGAGAUCUAAAGGCGACGGAAUACCAUUUGGGAUACGCAGGGUGAUCGCCGCGAUGAUCAGAUAUCUCGGCGCUAUUCUGGCGACUCCGCAGUGGUACGGACAUCAUGCUUCUCCUGCACCGUUGGGCCCUGACGGCCGCGUGGUGGAUACACCGGAAGUUGCGCAGCUGAAGGCUGCCCACUUGAGCGCACUGGCGGAGGCUAACGCACGGGCACCGAAGGGACCGGAAUCGAUCGGUGGUUACGCUGGACCCAGCGGAUAUGCUGGACCCAGUGGAUACGCUGGACCCAGCGGAUACGCUCCCAGAAAUUACAUUGGGCAUUACAGCGGACCACCAGCCCCGCUGGGUCCAGACGGCCGCGUAGUCGACACGCCCGAGGUUCAGCAAGCCAAGGCCGUGCAUUUCUCUCUCUACAACGCGGAAGCGCGGCGCGUGCCGGCCGGUCCGGCCGAUCCAGCUGCCGUCAGCGCCUACGAUCCAUCCUGGAACAAUGGCGCUUACAAUCCCGCCUGGGACGGCUCGGCCAGCGGCUACUAUUAAUUCGACUCCAAGGAAACGAUCAGAUCGGAACGACGCGCGAAACGGAACGCGCUUCCGCUCGUUCGAUGAACGUCGACGAUGCCGGCGAAAUCGAUCGGGCGCGAUCGGUCGCACCGAAUUCGUCCGCGAUCCUCGACGUCCUUCCCACCUACCUCAAGAAUUGGAAGACUAUAAGAUGUUACUAACUACCUCUCCGAUCAGCACGAACAAACGGUUCUCCCUCGCCGAU